CCGACCUCGAUCUCUUCCUUCUAUUUGGAACAGAGGCGAAAAUGGGGAGAUCUCACCCUUUGGAAGGGUGAGGCAAAAGUUGUUGGAGAUCUCUACAGUUUGAAGAAACUAGUUUUGCUUUCAGAGGAGCUGGUCGUCCUCUUCUUUUUUGUGGGCGUGGGAAAUUUCGGCUACCCUUUGGGAUUGCGAAAUGGACGAUGGAGUUGGUUGAUUGGAUUGACCAGAGUUGACUGG